AUGCGUAAGUUUGACGCACCCCACAUGCUGCACAUGCACAUGGCCGACCCAUUUCUUUCGGAUCGCUUCCAGCCCUUGUUCCUGGAUUUGCGACUACAGCCCGUCCGAUCUCGUACGCUCGUGCCGCUGCUGCUCCCACCCCUCGUGCCGUUCCCCUCGUCCACGCCGCCAACCGGCCGUAAGUCGAAUGCUGUCCCACAUACCCAGCACUUAUGCGCCACGAAAGCUGACAAUACGGGCUUCCUGCUGUUCUUGGCCUGGUUCUUCCAGGCGUUUUUCGACUACAAAGUCCGGCUUCGUGCCGCGACUGGCGUUUGCCCGGCCCCGGCCCCGGCCCCAGCCCCAGCCCCCGCCACCACCACCAACGUUGCCAUCACCGAUGGCGGUUCUGCCGGGCGCCUUUUGGCGGAGUUUUCUUUGUCCGUCCGUGGGCUUCUUGCCCAAAAUGCUGCCCCCCCUGCUGCCGCCGAGAAUGGCCCCCUCCUGCCCACCCCCCCCCCCCCCCCUGCCGCCGAUACUGCUGUGGUGCCCUUUGGGGCGGUGAUGGCCCCUUGUCUUGGGAGUGAUGGCCUCGGCCAUAAAUGCCUUUGCCGGCGUAGGACGCCCCGUGGCCGAGAACCAGGUAAGGCUUGUCGGCCUUAUGAAUUUGAUGUUCCCGAACGCUGGCCCCCUGGUGACGUUUGGCGCCCAAGCUUUUUAUGUGUUGUUGUAUGGGAGGGCCUAAUGCCCUAG